AUGGUCUCCGACGAGACAUACGAGAUCUGCCUCCCGAUUCUCCAGGACCCCAACAUCGAGGACGAGGACAAGACGGACAGGCUCGAGGAAUACCGAGAAGGAGGGGGGAGCGCAACCUCGCCGCCCCCCAUUCGGCAAACCAUCCUGCGGCGGCCGUCGCCGGCCUCGUGGCGCGGCUCUGGAACCCCGCUCUCGAGUUCACCUCGGCUGGGCGUGAGUCCUCUUGCCCCGCCGGGCUUCAUGCCCACACCGUUUAGUCGGACAAAGUCUUCGACUGCGUCCCCUUUUGGCUCGCCGCGGCCGUCUCCCAGGCUGGCGUUUGCUGCCCCCGUGCCGCACAGCCCGAACCUGAACGCCUACCAAUUUGCCAACGACGACACCCCGUCGCAGGAGGUCUUCGGCGACUACCAGUCUGACAAUGUGGACUGGCUCGUGAGCGAUGACGCAAUCAGCGUGACAUCUUCGGUUGGCGGCUCUAGCGGGCUGAACGUGAGCGCGCCCGAGUUUGUUUCGACGCAGCAGCAAUCGGAUAUGACCCCUUACGACAUGCUGCGGUCGAUCCUCGGCCAGACCAAGUCGGACGAUGAGAUCAGCGCCGCUCUCGCCAUGCACGGCUACGACCUCGGCGCCACCGUCGCGGCUAUCAUGGAAACGCAGGUGCAGGACAACCUUGCGUUGGCUGCUCAGGCUGAAGAGAACCGAGUCACUAUCGGAAAGACCUUGAGCCCCGAUGGCCGCCCGGGCACCCCGGCAGACCAGCAGAAGUCUGGCGUGAUCUGCAAGUUCUAUCUUUCCACAGGCCAGUGUCUGCGGGCCGACUGCCGAUUUAGCCAUGACCUGAGCAGUCAUAUCUGCAAAUCUCGGCCAGGCAGCCGGCAUCAGCAAAAGGAUAACACCCAGUCUGCCCCUUCCCCUGAUGAUGCUGAUGCAUUCCCGUCACUCGGUGCUGCUAUAGUAAAGCAGGGCAAGAAACACCACGGUAAGAGAGGUGGCCAUGGCCACGGACCUAAAGAGAACUUUACGCCGAGCACGCUGGCGGACAUUGUCAAGAUGUCGCCAACGCCGACUCCGGCUGUGCCAAAUCGUAGGGCUCCCCGCAACGGCAGCUCGACCAACGUCCGCAACGGGGAAAACAGCGCGGCUGCCCAGGCGAUCCCGAACCCGAAGCACAUUCCAUGGCUUGAAACUGGUGACAAGGCCAACAAGGCGUAUCUCAAGGCGAGACAGGAGGCCAUCAAGCACGGUGGCCUCCGGAACAAGUUUCUUCAAAGUGCUGCUCAAGCCUGGAAUCGUAACGAUGCGCGAGCCGCCAAGGCGCUCAGUCUGCGCGGGCAGAGCGAGAAUGAUCUCAUGCGGAAGGCUCAUCGCGAGGCGGCCCAGCAGCUAUACGAGGAGCGGAACAAGGCCAGGGGUGACUGCCCCGAAAUCUACGUGGACCUGCACGGGCUGCACCCCGAGGAAGCCGUCGAAUAUCUCGAAGGCAUCCUGACGGAGAACGCUUCGGAAAGCCGGCCGAUCUAUGCUAUCACGGGCACCGGUCACCAUAGCAAGAAUGGUAAGGACAAGGUCGGCAAGGCGGUCCGAGGCUUCCUCAACGAAUGGCGCUACGCGUACCGCGAGUUCUCGGUCCCCGGCGACCGUAACAGCACCGGGGGGAUUCUGGGCAUCGACGCGCGCAGCUGGGACCGCACGCUCUCGCAAGACGGCAAGGCACUGAUGAAGAAGGACGAGGCCAAGGAGGAGGUGGAUAUCCUAUCCCAAGGUGUCGAGAUCGGCGAGGGCAAGGUCAAGCUGCUUGUUAGGGACACGUCGGCGACCAAGGAACCACCCAAGGGCCCUUCGGGUGCCAGGGGCAGGUGA